AUGGAUGUUAGGUGGUGCUGCUUCUUCCUUCUCAUACAAACCAUCUUCUUCUCACCAUCCCACACGCAGACCGAUUCAUUCACAUCAAUCCUCAUAUCUCAAAACGGCCUCGAUUUCGUGAAAAACCUAUUAGUCAACAAAGCAAUCGCCUCGAUUAUACCUCUCCAGAUCCCCAGGAUCGAGAAAUCAGUUAAAAUCCCGUUCCUAGGAGGAAUCGAUGUUGUCGUCUCGAACCUCACGAUAUACGAGCUUGAUGUUGCCACGUCUUAUGUUAACCUUGGUGAGACAGGUGUUGUCAUCGUCGCUUCGGGGACUACUUGUAAUUUGAGUAUGAAUUGGCAUUAUUCUUAUUCUACUUGGAUUCCUCCAAUAGAAAUUUCUGAUCAGGGAAUUGCAUCUGUUCAGGUUGAAGGCAUGGAAAUUGGACUCUCGCUAGGCUUGCUAAGUGAUGAAGGAGGAUUGAAAGUCUCUCUUUCGGAAUGUGGAUGCCAUGUGAAAGACAUAUCUAUUGAGCUUGAAGGAGGAGCUUCAUGGUUUUAUCAAGGGAUGGUUAAUGCAUUUAAAGACCAGAUUGGAGCAAGUGUGGAGAGUACUAUUGCCAAUAAACUCAGUGAAGUGGAUGAUAAAGCUGCACUUAAUGUCACUUUCACCAGUGAUCCUAUACUGAGAGAUUCAUCCAUCACUUUUGAAAUCGAUGGUUUGUUCACCAAAAGAGAAACGAAUCAAGUCUUGAAGUCCUCCUUCAGAAACUCUGCAUCUUCAUCUAUCUGCCCUGAAAAUUCAAAAAUGCUCGGAAUAUCACUGGAUGAAGCUGUCUUUAACUCUGCUGCAGCUUUGUACUACAAUGCAGAAUUCAUGCAAUGGAUAGUGGAUAAAGUACCAGGUCAGGAUCUUCUAAAUACUGCUAGGUGGAGGUUCAUCAUUCCACAACUAUACAGGAAGUAUCCUAACCAGGAUAUGAAUCUGAACAUCAGUUUGUCAUCACCUCCCCUUGUAAAGAUCUCAGAGCAGUAUGUGGGAGCUAAUGUGAACGCCGACCUAGUAAUCAAUGUUCUAGAAGCAGACCAAGUAAUACCAGUAGCAUGCAUCUCCUUGGAGAUCCGAGGGUCUGGUGCUCUCAGAGUGAUGGGUAAUAACCUUGGAGGCAGCGUAAGAUUAGAAGAUUUCUCCAUGUCUUUGGAAUGGAGCAACAUUGGAAAUCUCCACCUGCAUCUUCUUCAGCCAAUAGUGUGGACCGUUAUACAAACAGUGUUUGUGCCAUAUGCAAAUGACCAUCUAGAAAAAGGCUUCCCUUUGCCCAUAAUCCAUGGAUUCACACUUGAGAACGCUGAAAUCAUCUGCACAAGCUCUGAAAUCACAGUUUGCAGCGAUGUUGCCUACUUGGAUUCGUCCCAACAGCCUCGAUCGCAUUUGAGUCGACUAAGUUCUACGCCUUGGAUAACCACGUUGUAG